CUCGUAACAUUUCCGGUCGUACACAUGCGAGUUUUGAAACCUUUACAUUUCGAUUAAGUCAUAAUGAAAGAAGUGGAAAAGAAGGGAUGUGAAGCGAUAUUGCGUAAACUUGACCAAGAUGAUGUAAUGUUAUUGAAAGAUACUGUCACAAAACGGCAGAUUGCAGCUGAAAGUAAAACAGAAGCCAUUCGUGCUAUAAUAACAUACAGUGAAACAUCUGCUGAACUGCUGAGGAGGAAGAAGAUCCGCAGGGAAUUGCUGUUCCAGUACCUUGAUGACAACAAUGUUCCAGUCUCGGUCAGUGCUGAAAAACAACAGUUAGUCUUCAAAAUACUGGAGUUCUGGGGUGUCAGUAUUACUAAUGGUACACCAAACAAACAGGCUAACAGUGCAGGUGGAGACUUCAGUCAUAGCACAACAGAAUGUCAGACAGAUGUUCUCAGCAGGGCGUCCAGUGGUACCCAGUCACCGCCUUCAGGCUCUGAAGCCAAACACUCCAUGGCAACCCAAGCUGGAGAAACUCCUUCAGGUACACAGAUUCAGCUGCGACAACGACAUCAGCCUGUUCCAGUACCUGUUCCUUUAGUCCUUGACCUUCAGGGCGAUGAAUCAUCUGCUGUGGUCAUCCAAUCAACUGUUACAUCGAGAUUCCAGUCGAGACCUGAUUAUCAAAAGCUAGGAGAAACGUUUGCAUCAUGGUUCUACAAGAUACUGAACUCACACAAUCCGUCAUUGAAUCAGGUUCCUGAGGAUUUUGGUCCACAUCACUUCUGGAAUGAUGUGAAGUUGUAUCUGUUGACUCAAACCCCUCAUGAGAGCAGUGAGGAAUAUGAUGGUGGUGUAUUGGUGGCGAAGAGGUUUUUGGCUUUAGUGAAGGAAGAGCAGCUUCUGUUCAAUCCUAACAUCACUGGCGAUGGGGUGCAAGUCAAGUCUGACCCCCACGGACUGGUCAUAGUCAUGGUGUGUGGAACAAUUCACAGGAGUAAUGAUUGUCUUGGGGUCUUCCAGCAAAUGUUUGGGUUAAUCGGGGAUCCCAGAUAUGACAACAACUGGAAGGUGAAGGUCACUAAGCUGAGGAUUCGGAGCAGUCAGGUGACUUCUAUCCCACGACUCCAGGAUAGUGACAAUAAUGACUUGUUGGCUGUCAUACCCUCAUCCAACACAUGAUGGAUUUAGAUCACAUUAGUGCCAAGUUGUGAAAUGAUCAUGUGGAUAUGUUGGCGGAUGCAUGUUGAACCGGUCCCAGGAACUUCAAACUUAUUUAUACAUUUGUCUAGGUCAGUGAACUCUUUGUGUGUAUGGUCACUGAUCUUGAUGGAGUGGAUUGUUAUCUGCUUCUGGUUUACAGAGACCAAGCUUGAUUUAAUGUCAGGUAACUGUGGUAGCGGUGACUACAAUAUGUUUAACCUGAAGUGACUAUAAAAUGUGAUACAUGUUUGUAGAACAAACUUUAUGGAUAACAACUUCUUUUAUUCGUGUGUGCGAUGUUUCGAUACAGAUUCUUGUACCAUUUGUGGUGUAUGGCCCCAGUCACUGAUCAGAACUUGUUGAAGGAGUUGUGAAUCCACUGCAAGAAAAGACCUGUUUGCUUUUCAGUGUAAUUGAUAACACUGACUUAUACAUAUAUAUUCCAGGCUUGGGUAACCCAGUGGAUGUGCCCUUCAAUUGUAUUGGCUGCUACUGUGAUUUCAAAUCUCCGGGUUUGCACUGUCAGUGAUCAUUGGUGCUUUUAGUGAACAGUUAUACCCUGCACAUGUUGGUCUUUUCUCACACAUAGGGUAUAAAAUUAACACAUAAGAACAGUACUUACUCACUCACACUUAAAAUAGCAUUGUCAAGGAUUUAUCUAGAUCAUCUCUGAGGUGAAUAAUAAUAGUAGUAGUAAUAGUGAUAAUAAUAAUAAGGAUUUAAUACUAGGUGUUAUUUUGUUGAGUCCAAUUUCAAAAUACAGUGGUAAAAAUUUCAAAAUACAGUGGUAAAAUAUAUCUUCAUUUAAGAAAAUGAGCUUUAAAAUCCCAUCUUUGAACAAAAUAACAACUCUUUUGUAAUUAGUCUGCUAGGGGCUCUUCGUUUAGAAUCUGAUCGAAAAUAAUCGAAAAUCGAUGGAAAGAAGGAUUAAAAAUGAUGAUCGAUUGUAAAAAACAUAUUUUCAAUUAUCAGAAUUUGGUUGUUUUAGUAUAACACUCCUGAAUGAAUUAAGCUAAACAUUAAAUUUGACGAAUAUUCACGAACAAACAUGCGCUCAAAAACGUAACGCUAUGCGCAUUGUAAAAUU